GGAAACAGCGAUCAACAAACACUUUUUAAACCUCGCAAAAUGGCAGAAGAGAAAGCUGCAACUGCAUUAGCUGGCCAUCUGGAGAAUGGCCAGACAACACCCAGCAAAGCCAAACGUCAAAGGACGCCAACUCGCCGCCGACCGCCACACGAGGGCGAUGUGGUUGCCGGUGGUGUCGGCAUCACUGGCGGUGGUGUGGUUAUCCUACCACAACACGUACUUAACGAACUCUAUCACAACUAUUCCAUCAAGCAGCGACGGAGCGGCCUCAAGUGGUUUCUAUUUGCGGCAGUGCUCUUUAAUCUCUGGACAAUUUGCAUUCCCUGGGAACAGACGUUACCCACAAGGGUGGUCAAUUGCAGCAUGUUAGUGGCCUAUAUGGCGCUGACAAUUCUGAUGCAUUUUGGAAGUCGCUCGGAGAAGGCGUCAUUAAGACGGUUUCAUCAGUCGAUGUUGACGAUUGUGCCACGAGCUUUGUGGUUUCUUUCCAUGCUUCAUUUUGCCGCCUAUGUGAUGUUGCAAACUAGCUUCUCGCCGCGAGACGUGCUCGGUUGGGCUAUAUUGUUAAACUUCCUGAUUUAUGUCACGCUGCCAUUGCCCUUGAUAUUCCUCGGUUUAGUCAUUGGCUUUUGCACAUACUUCAAUUGUUUGAGCCUUCCUGUGGGUUUCUCACGUCCAGAUCCAAUGAUAUCGGAACAAGCAGCUGCCAAUGCCGUUCUAAUAGCCACCGCCGCAUUGAUUGGCUUGUUGUACUACUUCAUGGGCGAAGCCAAGCAGAAGCGAGCCUUUCUAGAGGCCAAGAAGAGUCUGGAAGUCAAAAUGGUCAUUGAGGAGCAGUCGGCGGAGCAAGAACGUUUGUUGCUAUCUGUACUGCCCAAACAUGUGGAUAAAAUGCGCGAGGACUUGGGCUCAUCCAGUUCAGAGGCUUUUAAAAAGAUCUACAUGAGUCGGCAUGAGAAUGUAAGCAUACUCUAUGCGGAUAUUGUUGGCUUUACCGCCAUCUCCUCAACGUAUAGCGCCCAAGAUCUGGUGAAAAUGCUAAACGAGCUCUUCGCACGCUUCGAUAGGCUCGCUGAGAAGUAUCAACAACUGCGCAUUAAAAUUCUAGGUGAUUGCUAUUAUUGCAUUAGUGGAGCGCCUGACGAGCGUCCGGAUCAUGCCGUGCUCUGUGUGCACAUGGGACUUUCAAUGGUGAAGGCCAUAAAAUAUGUUCAACAGAAAGCGAAUUCACCUGUUGAUAUGCGUGUUGGCAUACACACGGGGGCUGUCUUGGCUGGCAUUCUUGGCCAGCGUCAGUGGCAGUUUGACGUUUACUCCAAGGACGUUGAGCUGGCUAAUAAAAUGGAAUCGAGCGGAAAGGCUGGACGUGUGCACAUCUCAGACAAGACUUUGGCCUUUCUCAAUGGCGAAUUCGAGGUGGAGCCUGCAUUUGGGGAGAAACGCGAAGAACUGUUGCGAAUAGCUGGAUUAAAGACCUUUUUUAUUACAAAAGUGGUUAAGCCGUUUGCUUCGCCUUGCAGUAAGAAAAUCGAAGAAUCGAAGUCGAAACAUGGCAAUCACAGUCCCGCCGAAUCUAAUUCCUCCAGCAAUGAUAACAACGACGACAACGAGAAUGGGGCCGGAGAUGAUACCGAUGCCACACUGGAUGAUGAGGAGCUUCUGGCGCAGAAUGCCGCCGCCAAUGGACAUAAUGUGACGGCAGUCGAGGAUGAGGAAGAGCAGAUCAAGUUGGAGAACUUCAAGCAACGCUUGAAAGAUGAACUCGUCACACGCGAUGGGCAUGAAAAUCUUACCAAGGACACAAACAUCUUUCUGCGCUUUAAAAAUCCUCAAUUGGAGCAGGCCUAUGCCGUGUAUCGGGAGCCAUAUAGUUCGCUGCCUCUAUUGGCCGCAUUGUUGGUGCAGUGCAUCGAUGUGUUGUACUCGUACUUGGUGUUGCCACGCUCCACGUUGCAUUUCAUCAAUAUUGCGGCACCGUUGGUGCCCAUUGCCAUGCUGGUGGCAAUUAGCAUUGCGGAAAGCUUUAGCGGCAUGCUGCCCAAGUUCUUUGUGGAUGUGAGCAAGCGAUUCAAUGACAUUACCUUCGUGCGCGAAUUGGCGGCCAUAAUUAUAGCACUUACGAUUGGCCUCAGCAAUGUCAUCGACAUGUUCUUUUUUGUUACCUUCGUUAGUGAAAGUGAUAACAAUGCCACGGCCGGCCUAGAGGAAGUUGCAGCCGCUGAGCACCUGCUGCCUGAAUCGUUUGUGGAGCAAAUGCGUGAGGCGGUGCCCACAGAGCGUGCCCUAUAUCCGUCCUAUUUGAGCAACUUCAGUGUCCUCAUACUAAUCGCAAUUGCUGUAAUUGCUCAGCUCACGCAUUUGACUAAAAUCCUGCUCCUUUUAUCCCUUGCCGCUUUGCAUUGUUAUUUCAAUGUUUGUAUCAUGCAGGAUUUGUACGCACUAGAAGACGAUCUAGCAAGUCAGCCGCUCAUAUCAACACGCUACUGUGCUUCAGGUCUGCUUCUGGUUGCCGCAUUAUCUCUCAGCUUUCUCGCGCGACAUAUGGACCACGAGGAUCGAGUAAUAUUCAAAUGGAAAACUGAGGUAGCCGAGCAAAAGGAAACCGCCAAUGAUAUGCGUCAGCGGAAUGAAGCCUUGGUCUAUAAUGUGCUUCCCGUACAUGUGGCGGAGCAUUUUAUGAAGAACACCAAGCGCUCCCAUGAUGAUCUCUACUCCCAAAGUUAUGCUGAGGUCGGCGUUUUGUUCGCUAGCAUGCCAAACUUCUCAGAUUUUUAUUCGGAGGAACAAGUUAACAAUCAGGGUCUGGAAUGUCUGCGUUUUCUUAACGAGGUCAUCUCCGAUUUCGAUGCGCUGUUGGAACUGCCACAGUUUCAAGAUAUUAUAAAAAUCAAGACUAUCGGCUCAACAUAUAUGGCCGCUAGUGGCAUCAAUCUUCAGAGGAACGUACGCCACGAUGCAACAGCCACCGAACGAUGGUCUCAUCUCGACUUGUUGGUGGAGUUUGCCCUGGAGUUAAAGCAUGCGUUACAUGGUAUUAAUGAGCAGUCCUUCAAUCACUUUGUGCUCAAAAUGGGCAUCAAUCAUGGUCCUAUUACGGCUGGAGUGAUCGGUGCCCGUAAGCCGCACUACGAUAUCUGGGGCAACACCGUUAAUGUAGCAUCACGCAUGGAGAGCACUGGGAAAGCGGGCGCUGUUCAGGUCACCGAAGAGACCUGCAAAAUUCUUGAGCCAUUUGGUUACACGUUUCAGCAGCGCGGUCUGGUCACGGUCAAGGGCAAGGGUCAGCUGAUGACCUACUAUUUGCAGGGAAAAUCGAAAGCCAGCGGAGCAGAACCAAAGGCAGCCAUAGAGCUGCACGAGGGGGAGGCGGCGCCAGGCGCGCCAGUUAGUUUGGACUGCACCACAGAGCUGGAGGCAGAUCUUAAGACGCCUCUACUGAAGCUAAAGGCUCAGGACACUUCAACGGAAGGAGCUACGGAAUCCCGUCUGGGCAAUGGCAAAGUGGGCGAAUCUCAAUCGUUAUUGGAAUAAAUUAGCAUGUAUUGAUUUGUGUGUAUGUGUGUGUGUGAGAGAGAGAGGAAGAGUGUAUGUGUGUGACUGCUUGAGUGAACGAAAGAAAACUGUUAUACUCUUAUACUUGCUACAUUUGAUUUGCCUCUAUUCGUGUGAUAUUCUGCUAUGUGAAAAAAAACAAAAACAAAGAAAUUGAUUAACAAAGUCGUAAUCUUUAGUUGAAUUUGUAACUGGUCUUUGCUUUUGAAAAGUUUGUAAACUGUGUACCUAAAACAAUUAUAACUAUAUCUAAGUAUUCCA